AGCAAGACGCCGACAGCCAUGGCUUCCAGUCCCUGCCCGCCGUCCCCGCUACUCGUGCGGCUGCCGGAGUCCAUCUCCCGGGCCCACAGGAAACUAGAGAUAUACUUCCAGAGUCGGGCCUCCGAAGGCGGGGAGUGCCGUGUCCGGCCCUUGGGCCCCAGCGCCCCCGGCACCUUCGAGGUGAACUUCCUAGAAAGGGCAGCUAAGGAGAGAGUACUGAAAAAGAGAGAGCACCAGAUGGAGGUUGCUGGCAAACCUGUGACCAUUUUCCUGGAAACCACAAAAAAGCCAGUGGAGGACCCAAGCUCCAGUCCUCCGUCUCUGACACAGCCAGAGGAGAUUCCAAGCUCCAGACCUCCAUCUUUGACACAGCCAGAUGAGACUCCAAGCUCCAGUCCUCCAUCUCUGACACAGCCAGUCUUUCUUGCUGUGACCGCUGAGCUGAACUGUGAGCUGCUCUCCAAAGAGCAGAGGGCACACAUAGCUUCUGUCUGCCCUGGCAUCAGAAGCGUGGAGGGUGAGGAUGGAAUUGCAAAGGUGUGUGGCAGCUUCAAAGAUAUUGAGAAGAUACAUCACUUCCUGAGUAUGCAGCUUUUGGAAAGUGAGGAAAAACAGAAGUGCCCAACGCACAAAUACCCCCCUUCUGAUGUGGAGAGAGAGCCACCCAGCCAGCAAGACUCGGGCAUGGCCUUUUCCUCUUCAGAACCCAAAACUGGGUUAGAUGUUUCUGAGCGCUGUUUUGAAGUUCCUGUGUUUGCCCUUGAAUAUUUCAGACAUGCCUAUCCUGCUAGAAUAGAGUCCAUAGAGAAUAAAUUUGGUGUAAGCAUUGAAGUCCGAGACAGUGCUCGCAAUAUGGCCUCUGUACACUUCACCACCAGCCAACCAGGCAACUUAGAAGCAGCCUGUGAGUCUUUCAUCAGAGACUUUCAGAGAUACACCCAAGCUCUGAAGCAAGACUGUGUCUCUUUAGAGGACCCUCAGAGAGCAGUGGAGCUCAGACAGGAGUUGAAUCGCUGCUUCCCACAGCUCCUGAUAAAGGAACAGGGAAGAAAGCUAACUCUCCUCGGGUCUCAAGCUGACAUCUCAGCCGCCACAGAAAAAGUCUCCCAGACUUCCUUCAAGAUUCCUGUGGAAGUAAUGUCCUCUGGUUACAUGACAGGGAUUGAGGUUGAUUCAACUCACUUCAACCUUCUAAAACCAGCAUUGCUCCAGGAAAUCUCAGAGAUAGAGCAGAAGUAUAACACUCGGGUACAAUUCCGGGAGAAAACCCAGAAAACCUGCAUUCUAUUUGAUCCCAGGGAUAAGGAGGUUGACCUGUCCGUGCACUCUUAUGCCAGUUUCACUGAUGCAUUCCAACAUGCCAUGUGUCAGCUAACGACAGAAAUUCUGCCGCUGAAAUAUUUGGGCAAGGGGAAAGCUCACUUAUACAAGACCAAGUUUGUCGAUGACUUAAAGAAAAAGCACCCAAAUGUACACUUCGUGGUAUCUAAAGAGUCAGUGACUUUGAUGGGUUUGCCGAAUCAGCUUGCACAGGCAAAGCAGUAUAUGUUCAAAAGAAUGGGACUGUCCCUACCGUCUGGAGAGAGCUUAAAUGUGGAUCACGAGACACCCAUGGAUAUCGACAGGAAUGACGCAAAUGCAGCUUCACCUCCUCUCAGAGGCUCUGCUGACAGCUCUGGGGCCUUGAAGGUGAAUGAUAAUGAAGAUUUCUGUGCCAUCUGCAUGGAUACCAUUAGCAACAAGCAUGUGCUCCCUAAGUGCAAGCAUGAAUUCUGCUCCUCUUGUAUCACCAAGGCCUUGUCAAUCAAGCCUGUCUGUCCUCUGUGCCAGACAUCCUACGGUAUCCAGAAAGGGAACCAGCCAAAAGGAACCAUGACUUUCUCCACUUCAAGACGGUCACUUCCGGGUUAUGCAGACUGUGGCACAAUUGUGAUUCAAUACAUUAUAGAAAGUGGCAUCCAAACAGAUGAGCACCCAAACCCAGGAAAGCCCUAUUUUGGAACACAACGAACUGCAUACUUGCCUGAUAAUCAGGAGGGAAGAAAGGUCUUGGAUCUGCUCCAGAAAGCCUUUAAGAACAAGCUGAUUUUCACAGUAGGGGACUCUCGAGUAUCAGGAAUGUCUGAUGUUGUUACAUGGAAUGACAUCCAUCACAAAACAUCCACAUUUGGAGGACCAGGAAAUUUUGGCUACCCUGAUCCUCAUUACCUGACACGUGUGAAGGAGGAGCUGAAAGCAAAAGGAAUUGAGUAAGGAAAGCGCUGGGAAGACGUUUGUGCACUUUCGAAAGAAGUGUGUUAGGAGUCUAAUCUCCUUUGUUUAGUUUUAUUCCUGAUCAUUGUCCAUAACAACUUGUAACCAACACUCUAAAUGAAGACAAAUAUCCAUAAUUCA